UAUUGUAACGCUGGUGAGAGCGGACGUGUGGCGUGCCUCGUCCUUGGCCCCACAACACGAAAGUUACUAUUUACCCUCACUCGAGUCUGGAGGUGGAGACAGUGAAGAGAGAGGGACUCGCCGGAGAAGGAGAGGCGAGUGGUCCAUAGCGGUGAGAGUUGUGAGCGAGUGGGAGAGAGUAUUUUUUUCGGCGUCUCUCUCUAAAGAGCUAUAGCGCCGAUUUGAGUCCCCGAGCCUGAUGCAGCGGGAGGCGGCCCGGGAGGAGGAACCCAGCGACUUACGUACUACAUACGCUUGCUUACCCCGCCUCGCUCUUACACUUACUCACUCUGGUCUCUUGCUUCCAUUCCUUCACUCACUACACUUGAUCUGUUAGUGCACAAGUCUUCCUACUAAACACCACAUACACACACACAUACAUUCAUACACUGUCGUUGUCGUCGUGUGUCCGUGUGUGUGUUCUGGUCGACCUCAACGCAAGCCAUCGGGAGGAGAAGAAACGAAUUAAUUUGUGAAGAGGUAAAUAAACACAAGAAGUAGUAAAGCUUGCCUCGUCUCACCGCCCCUCACCUGCACCUUCCUCACAACAGGAUGGGCCGGCGAGGCGGCGCCAGGGUCUCCUUACGGUGAGUGUCGCCCAGAGCCGCCAUGGCACCAGCGGCUCACCCUGUGGCUGUCCGGGCCGUCCGCCUCUACCUCCUACUGAGCGGACUGCAUCUCGUCCUCGGCGGCUCGCUGCUGCCGGAGGCGGGCGGGGGCCUCCGUCCCCCGCAGGAGAAAUCUGAGGCGGUGUCAUGGGACCAGAACGCCGGCUCGGUAGCCAUCAACGUGACGCGGGCGGUGGUGGCGCAGUUCACGCCGGCCAACACCAGCCACCGCCUCACCCACCUGGCCCUUGACCCCGACACGGAUGACGUUUACCUGGGAGCCGUGAACCGCCUGUAUCAGCUGGACGGCGGUUCCUUCCUACCCGUGCACCAGGUGGUAACAGGGCCACGCCUCGACUCCCCAGAGUGCCAUGCCGCCAGCUGCGACGACCACAUCUACCAGGUGCCCACCGACAACUACAACAAGCUGCUAGUCGUGGCACCCUCCGUCAGUGCCGUCAUCGCUUGCGGCUCGGUGUCGCAGGGCGCGUGCGACACGUACCGCCUGGGCAACCUGUCGGUGCACGAGGACUACAUUCCACGGUCAGUCGCUGCCAACCACCCUGACGCCUCCACCUUUGCCUUCGUGGGGCCCGAGCGCUACAGUCCCUGGGGGAGAUCUUCCGCCCUGUACGUGGGCACCACCUUCACCACGGUAGGCGACUACCGCCACGACGUGCCCGCCAUCUCCACCAGGAACCUUUACGACCUGGACUACGCCGAAUACUCCUUCUCCAAACAGUCUCUGCUGCGCAUCGAUGUCAAGGUGCGGGACCACUUCUUGGUGCAGUACGUGUACGGCUUCACGGACAACAACUACGUGUACUUCGUGACGGUGCAGAAGAAGUCACACUUGCCAGGGCAGGAGGAGCUUGGCUACAUCAGCCGUAUCUCGCGCUCCUGCAUCACCGACGCCAACUAUGACUCGUACACGGAGAUCACGCUGGAGUGUGUGGGCGGCGACGGCGUCAACUAUAACCUGGUGCAGGAUGCCAAGCUGGUGGUGGCCGGUAGCGAUUUGGCUGCCAGCGUGGGCGUAGCCGAGGGAGGCCACGUAUUAGUGGCGGCCUUCGCUCCCUCUGAGGGCCACACAGCACGCCCCGAGACCGCCUCCGCCGUGUGCGUGUACUCCGUCCACGACAUCGAGGCAAAGUUCAACGAGAACAUCCACAUGUGCUUCAACGGGUCCAUGCAGUACCGCAGCAUGGAGUACAUCUCGGGCACCAUCCUCAACGGCAAGUGUCCCCAACAGGGCGCCAUGGGCAACAUUCUCUCCUUCUGCGAGGUGGGCCUCAAAAUAUCCGGCCCCGCGCCUAUGGUGGGCCGUGCUGCGCUACGGCUGCCGCGAGUGUUAGUGACCGGCGUGCAGGGAACUGCCACCGCCGCCCACACCGUAGCCUUCCUCGGCACCAGCGUCGGCACACUGAAGAAGAUCCUGGUGGCCACAGCAGAGGAGGCAGCCGAGUACGAGGAGGUGGGCGUCGAUCGUGGCUUUCCUCUUCUACCUGAUAUGAGAUUCGACAAGCACCGGCGGUUCCUCUACGUGAUUUCAAGCAGUAAGGCGUCGAAGGUGAAGGUGGAAAGCUGUUCCUCUUACACCAACUGCUCCUCGUGUCUGACUGCCAGGGACCCUUACUGUGGCUGGUGCUCGCUGGAGAAGCGGUGCACGGUGCAGUCGGCGUGUCAGAAAGCCACCUUUUCCUCGCCUCGCUGGCUCAGCUUCGGCUCGGGCCAGCAGUGUAUCGACUUCGAGAUGAUCCUGCCAGACCGCCUGCCCAUCACCCAGUCCGCCACGGUGCGCCUCACCAUCCGUACGCUGCCGGAGCUGCCUGCCGGCGCCAAGUACCAGUGUGUAUGGGGAUCGGCGCCACCUGAGGACGGUUUGGUGACACCCUUGGGACUGACGUGCGGCACGCCCGCCCCCCAGCACCGCCCGCCCAUCCCCGCCCACCACGACCACGUGCUGGUGCCCCUCGCCGUCCGCUCCAGCGAGACCAACAAGGACUUCGUCUCCCGAAACUUUGCCUUCUAUGACUGUGGCCGCCACAACACCUGUGGCAGCUGCGUGCGGAGCAACUGGGCGUGCAACUGGUGCGUGUACGAGAACACCUGCACGCACAACGCCUCCUCCUGCAGCGGGAGAACAAUCAUCUCCGGGGAAAAGAACCCCGCGCAGCUGGACCAGCACGGGGCCAGGUUUUGUCCACGGUUUUGGCCGGAGCAAAAGCAGCUGCUUGCGGCAGACGGAGCCACGUCAGAGCUGGUGCUGCUAGUGGAAAACCUACCGGUGCCCCGAGCCAGCCAGCUGGGCUUCCAGUGUGUGGUGAGCGUGGAGGGCGCCACCAUGAAGGUCGGCGCCAGAGUGAUUGUGAACGACGAGGACCUCGAGGACGACGGCGGUGGGGGCGAUCCGACCACGGCCACAUCCACCCGCCCGCAGUACCACCGGCGGCUGCAGCGCGUGGUGUGCGAGCCCACCGUGUACCGCUACGAGUCCGCGGAAGGCGAGUACGAGGCGCGCGUCACGCUGGUGUGGAAUCAUGACCACGUGGUGGACGCGCGGCCACUCACGCUGUACAAGUGCGGCGUGCUGGGCGCACACCGCGGCCACCACGACUGUUCCCUGUGUGUUACUCGCCACCCACGGUACCGUUGCGCCUGGUGCGGCGCCGCCUGCCGCUACGCCCCGCACUGCCCCGUGGCCGCCGCCUCCUCUUCGCCUUCCCUGCCACGCCCGCCCCUUGAAGACGCCCGCCUCAGCCAGUGCCCCACUCCCAGGAUUGACUUGAUCCAGCCGCUGGCGGGCCCGCUGGAGGGCGGCACGCUGGUCACCAUCGAGGGAAGCAACCUGGGCCUGCGAGAAGAGGACGUGCAGGGCAACAUCUUCAUCGGGGAGGUGCUGUGCAAGGUGCAUGAGUACCAUGUAUCCGUGAAGAUCACGUGUCGUACUGGCCCGGCGCCCGCCCUCACCUCCGCCAGCCAGGACAUGCAGUUCCCAGUGCGCGUCACCACGCCUGCUGGCACCACGCGCUCCACCGUCAAGUUCACCUACACCAAUGUGAGCGUGACGGGCGUGUGGCCGACGCGCGGGCCGGUGUCUGGCGGCACAGUGCUGUCCAUCAGCGGCCGCUUCCUCAACGUGGGCUCCCACGUGUCGGCAGAGCUGGAUCACCUGCCAUGCAUUGUCAACAAGACGCAGUCGUCGUCGCACCGCCUGGUGUGCGUCACCUCGCGGGCGUCUGGUCUUACUGAAAGCGGCAAGGAGGGCGAGGGGCUGCCGGCCACGGUGAAGACGCUGACCGUAACAGUGGAUGGGGCACGCCGCACCCUUGCCUCGCCCUUCAUCUACACACCUGAUCCCAAAAUUCUGGAGCUGAAGCCUCGCCACACGCCCUGGAGCGGCGGCCGCCUCCUGACAGUGCACGGCACACAGCUGGACGCCAUCCAGUCGCCACGCAUCACUGUCCUGCUGCACGACCAUGUCCUCAACUCCUCCAUGUGUCGCGUGCUGAGCCAUGACCAGAUGGAGUGUCCCUCGCCGUGUGUCAACCGCGCCGUGCUGCUCGCCAUGCUACGGGAGCGGCGCGGUGCCCCUGAGGCAGUGCCGGAGCCCCGCGCUGCGGCCAGGACGUCACAUAAAGUGUCCAGGUCCCCACGACAGAAUUUCGGCAACUCCAUCACGCUGGACGUCGGUUUUAUCAUGGACAACGUGGCCUCCGUCAGGAACCUGCGUCACGUGCUCUCCUCGGGGGCUCGCUCGCUGGUGUACGUGCUGGACCCCGAGUACCGCAGCUUCCCCAAUGGCAUCAAGCUGUACAAGGGCGACACGCUGGUCAUCGAGGGCGAGAACCUGAACCUAGCCAGCGAUGACUCGGACGUGAACGUAACCAUCGGCACCAAGCAGUGUAACGUCACCUCGCUGGCCCUCACGCAGCUGGUGUGCACGCCGCCUGAGCUGCAGCCGCCGCCCACGGAUGAGCUGGGGCGUUCCACCGUGCUGGACCUGCCCCUGGUGGUGGUGAGGAUGGGGCAGAACCUCAGAUUCCCCAUCGGGUACCUCCGCUACGAGAUGAUCAAGGAGUACCAGUUCCCCCCGGAGGCCAUAGGAGGCAUGGCAGCGGGUGGUCUGUUCCUGGUGCUGGUGUCCAUGGUGGUGCUAGUCGUGUACAGGAGGAAGAGCAACCAGGCGGAGCGAGAGUACAAGCGCAUACAGAUACAAAUGGACACACUUGAGUCUAAUGUCCGCUCUGAGUGCAAGCAAGCCUUCGCAGAGCUGCAGACGGACAUGACGGACCUGACGGCGGACCUGGAGGCCUCUGGAAUCCCCACCUUGGACCACCGCACCUACGUGAUGAAAGUGUUCUUCCCUGGCGUGGUAGACCAUCCCAUUCUGAAUGACCCCAAGAUGCGAACUAACGGGUGUCGGCCAGCUAUGGAGAGUGCCACCGUGCAGUUCGAGCAGCUCAUCGCAAACCGGUACUUCCUCCUGGCACUUAUAGAGACCCUGGAGGCGCAAAAGACCUUCAACAUCAGGGACAAAGUGAACGUGGCGUCGCUACUGGUGGUGGCCAUGGCGGGGAAGAUGGAAUACCUGACGGAGGUGCUGCGCCUGCUAAUGUUGCGUCUGAUGGAGAAGAGCGUGGCCACCAAGCACCCUCAGCUCAUGCUCCGCCGCACCGAGAGUGUUGUGGAGAAGAUGCUCACUAACUGGAUGGCGCUGUGCAUGUAUAACUAUCUAAAGGAGCACGCCGGGCCGUCCCUAUUCCUGCUGUUCAAGGCCAUCAAGCACCAGGUGGAGAAGGGCCCCGUGGACGCUGUGACCCACGAUGCACGCUACUCCCUAUCAGAGGAACGCCUUCUUCGGGAACAGAUAACACACUCCUACGUGACGAUACAACUUGUGAGAGACGAAACCCAGUAUGAGAAGAUUCCAUAUAACACUCCAAAGUCGGUGGCGGUGGUCGGGGAGGACGGGGAGAAGGCGCAGUGUCGAGUGCUGGACUGCGACACGAUAACCCAAGUGAAGGCCAAGAUUCUAGACGCCCUGUAUCGCAACACCCCACACUCCCUCCGGCCUUCCGUCCACCAGGUCGACCUAGAGUGGCGUCAUGGUCGCAACGGUCACCUGGUUCUCGCCGACGAGGACAUGACCACCAAAAGCGACUCAGGCGGAUGGCGGCGCCUCAACACGCUGGCUCAUUACGGCGUGCGGGACUCAGCGCUCAUGGCCCUUGUGCACCGCCCCCACGCCCACCUCAACAACGCAAACUGCGGCACCGGGACGUCAAAGUGUGCCACAUGCUCCACCUUCGGCGUGAGUGGGUCGGGCAGCCCCGUGAGUCACUGCGGCGGCGGGGACGUGGAGUGUGGGUCGUCUGAUGCCAACGUGUACCAUUUGGUGAAGCCCGUGGACCACGAUUCCCCCAACAGAGGCGGCGAGAGGACGCACAAGGCCAUUCCGGAGAUCUUCCUCACCCGCCUGCUCUCCACAAAGGGCACCGUCCAGAAGUUUGUUGACGAUUUCUUCAAGACGAUCCUCAACGCCAACGAGUCGCUGCCGCCGGCCGUCAAGUGGCUCUUUGAUCUCUUCGACGAGUCCUCGCGGCGCCACGGACUCAUAGACCCCGAGGUGGUGCUCGCCUGGAAGUCCAACAGUCUGCCGCUGCGCUUCUGGGUCAACUUCAUCAAGAACCCUGACUUCAUCCUUGACGUCCACAAAAGUCCCACGGUGGACUCCUGCCUGUCCGUCAUUGCCCAGACCUUCAUGGACGCGUGCUCCACCACCGAGCAUCGCCUGGGCAAGGACUCGCCCUCCAACAAGCUGCUCUUCGCCAAGGACAUCACGCAGUACAAGGCGUCCGUGCGGGCCUUCUACCACGGCGUGAGGACACUGCCUCCCGUCACGGACCAGGACAUGGCCGCCUACCUGCACCACCUGAGCCUGACGCACCUGUCUGAGCUGGACUCCAAGCCGGCGGUGCAGGAGCUAUUCCACACGUACAUCACGCGCUACUACAGCCAAAUCAUGGAGACCCUCGAGAUGGACCCCAACUGUCGGACGCUCCACCUCGCCCACAAACUGGACAAUGUCAUGUGUACCAUUAACGGGGAACCCACGUCCAUGUGCUGAGGCCGCCGCGCCCUGGCUCAUCCCGCGCCGCACCCGUCUGAGGCCUUGUGUAAAGACUUAUAAGAAAAGACUUUCACCGCUGUUAUCUUACAUGCCUAGUUCCUAGCCAAAGAGUAGGUGUAUGACAAUUAAUAGACAGUUAUUGUGUGUGUAUUUUUGGGGUUCGUUGUUAUUGUAAAGACAGACAGAAACUCGUCACAACGCUAAUCUAUUCCUUCCAGUAGUCUCGAGGGCCCGUCGCCCCCUCCCCCGCUGUACUUAAUCAAAUAUCUGUGAUUUUCUAAGACUAGCGCAUUCCAGUGGGCGGCGGGAGGGGGGGACGCUGCGGGCCGACUCUACUAUUUGAGGGACGAGUUCGUUGCUGUCUGGUGCCUAUUGGUGUUGUGGGGGACGAGUGUAGAAUCACAAGUCAAGUGGUGAUAAAUAGCGUGUGGUGAGCGUCUCGGGAGAACGUUACGGGGGUGAGGGGACGAGACUGCCUUCACGCGGACCAGACUCAUCACAUCACACUAAUCACGACACGUAGCGGAGAAUUAUUGCAUCACACACACACACACACACACACACACACACACACACACACACACACACACACACACACACACACACACAUAUAUACACACUCAUCUCAUCACGGACACAUUAUUGCUUUCUCCAGUAAUUCAUAAUACAGAGGCGGAAUCAAUAAAGGCAAGACGGACAGAAGUGCAGACGAGAAGGAUUGUUGUGAAAAGAGUGAAGAGUGACAGAAAAAGUAAAAUGUGAACUUCUAUUUAUUUUUUUCUUUCUCUCACGAGCGAAGGAAAGUUUUCUCUGUGGUAGUAGUGACUUUUUUUUAGCGUUUUUUUAUCUCCUGUCUCUUAUUCCCGUCAGUGUUCUGUGGGCGAAAUUCCAUUAAGAAAAUUGAAAAAAGUAUACAAGAGAAGAGAAUGAAGAUACUUAUAACAAAGCUUGAAAUAAAUAGAAAUAUAUAUAAAAAGCGCUGACGUGAUAGGUUAGAAAAAAACAGAAUUACUGAAUGUAAAAGUAAAUGUGAGUGAAAAGGAGUAAAGUCAUAUGUGGAAAGAAUAACUGAGGUGUUAGUGAGUCAGACGUAGAGCGAAAUGUAUAAAAAAAAAAAAACAAGGACAAUAUAAUGAAACGAAAAUGAAACUAAAACUCUUGUGGGAAAAAACUGAAAGGAAAGAAAUUAGACAAACGAAUGCAAGAAAUAAGGAAUAGGAAAGUGGAUAUCGGGAAAACAAUUGAACAAAAUGCAGA